AGUGAAUCUUGUUCAGUUUAAGUGAGUUCGGUGCACAUAUAUUGGAUUAUUAAACAUGAAGUUAUUAAUUAUUACAUCUUGUUUAUUGUCCCUUUCGGCGGCCCAAUAUUACCAUCAUGCUACCAUUGGUCAUGAUGGCCACCCAUUGGAAACCCCGGAAGUUCAGCAAGCAAAAUCCCAUCAUUUUGCUGCUCACGCACAGUCUCUACAAAGGGCGUACCACCCUCAACACUACAUGCCUCAAAUGUAUGGCCAUGUACAUUCGGCACACCCUGUAGACACCCCUGAGGUUGCUGCUGCCAAAAUUCAACAUCACCAUGACUUCGCCAUUGCCGCACGAAGAAAUGGUGUUUACGUACCACAUGUUCACCAACACGCUGGACUUCACCAAUAUCCCGUGGAUACCCCUGAAGUCCAGCACGCUAAAGCUCUACACUUUGCAGCCCACGCCAAAGCCAGAAGUGGACUUCACUACAGAAAGAGACGAUCUGUGUACGGAUACUCAGGAAAUCACUACGAAGUCCCAGCAAUUGCUCAUGAUGGAACUCCAUUGGAUACCGCUGAAGUAGCAGCCUUAAAAUCUGCCCACUUACAAGCCCACAAUGAAGCCCUUCAACGUAUCCACCACGCAAGAUCCCAACAACCUCAUUACCACAACCAUGACGAUGGCCAAUAUCACCAUCACCAAGCCAGUCCCUACCACCAAGGAUUUUCAUCCAACCACUACAACAAUUUUGCCCCUGCACCAGCUCAAACCUAUCCUGCAUACCAUCAGAAUUACAACGGGGCCCCAGUAGAUACCCCUGAGGUACAACAUGCCAAAGCAGCGCAUUUGGCUGCACAUGCUAAAGCUAGAGGAUUUUAUUAAAUGUUUUUGUUUUUAAUAAUUUUGUUAUUGCUAGUUUUUUAAGAAAUAAAUUUUAUACCAA